AUGCCUGUCCUGAAGUUCCUGUCGGUGGCGGCCGCCGCCAUUUUCUUCUCAGAUAUCAACUCGGCAUAUGGUGCCGAUAUAAGUCCUGGGGGAACUAUCGAGACUCCUGAAAAUCAAGGAAGUUCUAAUGAUAACGAAAAUGAAUCUGGUUCAGGAUCCGGAGGUGCUGAAGAUGAUACUGCCACUAAUAAGGCCGUGAGAGCAGAGUGCUGGGAGCAAAUGAACGCGGCCCGCAACCGUGUCGGCUUCGCUGAACUCACGCACGAAAAGAGAUUCAAAAUUACUCAAGAUGACUGGCCCCGUUCCGUCUCCACGCUCGAGGAUUACCUGAGCACAGUCUGCAAAGGCAUUAAAACUAACACAGCGCCUGAAGGAUUGACCCCAGUCGCAGGCACCGUCGCCUACGCAGUUCAAGAAGGCGAACAGGCUGAUUGCCAGGCUGCAGUCGACUACUGGAAGGAAGCCCUCACAAACUUCAACGGGGAGGUGCCACCGCCAUAUGAAGCAAACGCUGCACCUUACGACAAUACCCAAAAUGUCUCCUUCAUUUCCCUCUUCAAUCCCCAAGCAAAUCCGACGGUUGACUGCGCAUACUUCGUCUGCCCUGCAGCAAAACAAAAGGCCAAGGAGAAAGACGGAAAUACUGAGACAGACAAGAGCAUGAAUGCUUUGAUUUGCGUUACUUCGCCCAGCGCCUUGACAAAUAGCCAAGAACCCUUUACGUAA